UGAACAUAAAACAUGCGUAACAUCCUUUGAAAAUAAACAACUUAUAUUUGUUAUUGCGCCAUAAAAAAAAGACUCAAAUUAUUUAACCAUUUUUUGUAGAAGACGUGAGCCUGUUCCUUCCUUCAACAGAGGUACCGUUUGUUGCUCUCUGCUCGCGAGGUAUUAUAGUCUUAAUGUCUUAUUCAGUGGAUGAGAUAAUCAUUCAGCCAGCGACCAAGAGAGUUAAGCUCGACGAAAGUGAAAAUGAAGACAGACUCAGCGACUUACCUGACUGUGUUAUCCUUCACAUACUCUCCUUUUUGAACGCUAAACAGGCAGUUACAACUUCAAUUCUGUCCUUAAGAUGGAGGGAUCUAUGGAAACUUCUUCCUGCUCUUAUAUUGGAUUCUUCAGACUUUCGAACUAUACCGAUAUUCAACAAAUUCGUGCAUAGGGUUUUAACUCUUCGUGAUUCCUCUCUCGCACUGAACUCUCUCAAUUUCAGACAUAAUCAGCCUCGCAUAAUCAAAAGCGUUGUGAAUUAUGCUAUUUCGCACAAUAUCCAGCGAUUAAGACUCUAUGUUGGGUGUCACAUUGCACAAAUUCCACCUAGUGUUUUUUCAUGUCAGACUUUAACCCAUCUUGAGCUUUAUUUUGGAGAACAAACGUUGUUUCCAAAAUCUCUCAACUUGCCUUCCUUAACCAGCUUGUAUCUGAAGAAUUUUGCCUUUUGUGCUGACGAGAAUGGACGCGCCGAGCCAUUUUCAGCUUUUAACAGGCUGAACAGUUUGUUCCUUUGCGGUUGUGCUGUGAGAGACACACUAACCCUCUGCAUAUCCAGUGCAACACUUGUCAGUUUUACUGUGCGUAGUCACUCCUAUGAUUUUUAUGAAAUUGAGCUUUGUACUCCAAGUCUUGGUACAUUUGGAUUUACAGGUAAAUCGUAUAAGAAAAUCUUUGGGAGCGGUCUUUCUUGUGUUAAGCAUGUAGAUAUUGAUGUAGAAAUCUUCCAUAUGGAUAUGCAGCCUUCUUUGAUUCUACUCGGCUGGUUGUUAGGUCUUACUGAUAUAAAAUCAUUGACAGUCACUGCAAGUACUCUUCAGGUUCUCUGCUUAAAUUCUAAUAUAUUGAAGACCAAGCUCCCUUCCUUAGGUAACUUGAAGUUAUUGAAAGUGAAUAAGAAACCACUUGCAUAUGGAUUUCGCAAGUUACUGAUUGAUAUCAAGGUACAGAAAAUCAGGCCACGGAAAGAAGGUGCUAAGUUACGAAAAUCAUUUAAAGCUGGAUUGGAACCAUCUGCACCCAUACCUGAUGGAAUAGUGGACUUCUUGAUUCAAAAUUCUCCUUUGGCUGAUGUUGAAAUCGUUGAUUGCACAUGGCGAAAAACGCAGUCAACUUCUUAAGCAAGAUUGUUAUAAUUGGUUUUGUUUGCAGUCAGCAGUAAAGGAACAUAAUUACAUUUGCCGAGUAGUGAAAGGUUAUGCACUUGUUUCAACUUGUUAGAUAUGGAACAAUGUUUAGCAACACUAACUAGUAUUACUCAUAUGAAAGUUGCAUAAAUUUGUUUGUGAAUGGGUUAUUGUGGAUUGCUUAUUUGUUAGGCACUAUAGAUUACUUGUUGGUGUGACCACAAUGAAUACAAAAACUAUCCUAGUGGAGAAGGCUGCAGUGGUAUUCUACACAGAUUUGACUUGAGCUCAAAGAAUAUCAAACUGUUUUCUUGAGACAUUAUAGACAUGUCUGCAUUGGUGCUAAGGUCACCUUUAUUGCAGCAAAUUAAUUUUUCAGAACACCAGCAUAUGUGGUUUUAUCAGUUUUGCAAUAUUAGUGCCACUUGGUGUAUUUUCUGCAUUAUGAUUAUGCAGUCUGUUUAAUGAACUCUUUCUGAAUGGA